CGGGACGGGACGGGACGCCACCGCGAUGCCCCUGUCCCAGAGCAGGGCUGGCCAGCGGCUGCCUUGCAGCAGCAAGGUGUGCAGGAACCUCUUUGGCCCCGUAGACCACCAGCAACUUCAAAGUGACUUCCAGGACCUGCUGAGGCAGCAGCUGGAAGAAGCCCAGCACCGCUGGAACUUCGACUUCGAGACGGAUACGCCCUUGGAAGGACGCUUCAAGUGGGAGAGGGUCCUCCUUGCCGAGCAGCCGCUGCACAGCCUGGCCAAGGCCAACGGCGGCGAGAGCCAGAGCUGCUCCUUGGUCCACAAGGUACCUGCCAAGGACUGGCUUGGCUGUGUCCACACUGAGGUGCCUCAGCAGGGCUCGGAGCCUUGGACAUCCCGCUCCCCGCAGCGCUUGAAACGCAGGCAGACGACUAUCAAGGAUUUCUACGACUCCAAGAAGAGAAUCAUCCCUGACAAACCCAAGCCAUGACGGUGGCUCUGUUGGCGAGAGCUGAGGGUGCUACAAUGGGGGAUACCUCGCAGCUGCUGGUGCUGUGAUGCCCUGACAGUGCUCAGGGCUUUUUCCUCAGCUUUGGACAACAUUAAGCUGCACAUGAAGCAAUGUAGAGUCCAUAGUUYCCUAUUUAUGAGUAGUCCUGGGUCCUGAGGGACCCUCACUUGUGUGCAAUGUGUGUGGAGUAGCCAGUGGUGAAGCUUGUAGCUCCUUGGAGGGAAUGGAGAACUGAGAGGUGGUUCYGAGAUGACCCUGCAUCCCCUGCCCAGUGCUGGCAGGACCAAGCACUGUCCUUGCACCAUCCCUGUGCCCAGCUGUGGUCCUGGCCCUGCCUGGAGGCUGGGCAUGCUCCGUCCCUGGAGAAGGUCCCCAACAUUUGGGUUGUCUGGUGGCUUUGGAUCCUGGUGGCUUAAGCUCUGAGCAUGCYGUGGUGCAGAGCAUUGGAUGGGCUGGCCCUGCUGGGGUAGUGACUCUCCGCUUGGGAGUGAUGCAAGGUGGGUUGUUCCUCUCCUCAGUGCUUCUAAGGGAAGGAAAUGCUGGUCCCUGGCCAGCCCUUCCUCCAGGUGACUCACUGGCCCUAUCAUAGGCUGCGGGGCAGUGACAAAGUGGGGCCUCUGUGACUCAUACCAGGCUCUCCUUGGCUCUCACCCUCUCCCAAGGCAGGGAGGUGACUGGAUUUGGGCUCUGGUGCUGAGCUCCAUGCAGCGCUUUGGUCAGGGCCACUACUGCCUGGGGAGCUCUGCACUCCCUGAAGUCCCCAUUAUGGCCCAUAAAGCCGCUCUUGCCCUUCCRCCUGCUUGUUGGAUGGUGCUUGGCCUCUUUGCUCCUGCCUUGGUCAAUACUGACACUGCUGGUCACCCGUUCUGGCCACUGUGGACUGAUGUAGGAAAGCAGAGGCUCAGAGCUUGUCGAACCUGGCACCUGGGGUUCAUCUCCUGGGUUUGGACCCUGGAAAGCGGUG